AUGGCGCACAAACGCGCAUUAGAAGCACUUGACAGAAUAUUGAAAGAUCUUCGCAAUGACUGGAGAUGUUUUGGAGGCGCAAUGAUUUUACUGUCUGGCGAUUUUCGCCAAACACUCCCAGUCAUUCCAAAAUCGACUGCUGCCGACGAAAUAAAUGCUUGCCUUAAAUCAUCAAAUCUUUGGCGCUAUGUGAAAAAACUUCAGCUGGUAACAAACAUGAGAGUUGCAUUGGUCAACGAUACAUCUGCUGAAGUUCUCCAAGCAAUUGCUGUUAAUCGUGAGCGAGCAAUUUUAGCAGCUAAGAACAAAGAUGUGAAUGACUUAAACUUUGUAAUUCAAAAUCAAAUCGUUGGUACUCUGCAUACAUUCAAAUCUAUUGACUGUGUAACAAACGAAGAAGAAGCUACCAACUAUCCAACUGAAUUUUUGAACUCCUUGGAUAUGCCUGGCUUACCACCGCACAAUUUACAAUUAAAGAUUGGUUCGGUAGUCAUUAUGCUUCGAAAUCUAAACCAACCAAAACUAUGCAAUGGAACGCGAUUAGUGAUAACAAAACUGAUGGCCAAUGUGAUUCACGCAAUGAUACUCAAAGGAAAAUUCAAAAGUGAUGAAGUUCUCAUUCCGAAAAUUCCAAUGAUCUCAAUCGAUAUGCCCUUUGAGUUUAAACGAAUUCAAUUUCCUAUUCGGCUUGCAUUCGCUAUGACUAUAAAUAAAUCACAAGGCCAAUCCUUUAGUGUUUGUGAUCUGAAUCUAGAAAAUGCAUGUUUUUCACAUGGUCAAUUGUACGUGGCAUGUUCACGUGUAGGCAAACCAUCUGCUUUAUUUGUUCUUGCGCCUGAUAAAAAAACAAAAAAUAUCGUAUAUCACAAGGUUCUUUAUUGA